AUGGCACUCGCGGCCCAUCUCGAAGCUCGGGAGCUGCAGCAUGCACUGAUGUAUUCCUCGCUGCCAAUGUAUUCUGCUCACCGCACCUCCGUGUGUGUGGUGGUGUGUGUUACCCGCGGAUUCAAUGAAGACGCGUCGCACGGCAGCAGCAGCAGCACCCCGGCCUAUAUAUCUGCUGCUUGGAAACGCAAAAGAGCAUUCACGGAAGCAGUUUUUCGAGCAUAUAGGCAUUUGAAAUUCGGAGUCCUCGUCGUCGUUGGGACGACUUCAUAUACGAAAACUCAGGAAAAAAAAAUAGUGGGUGAACUAUAUGAUGAGUAUAUGCAGGAGGACGAGGAUCCUCUUGUAGCGCAGAUUACAAGCCAAGUACGACACAUACUUUCCGGACUGCUGCUAACUGGCCUUGGGGCAGGGUUUCCUUCGGUGCUGCAUGAUGCCCAUGGCCCCGGUCAGGAAGUUUCUCAUCAGAUUUUCCCCUCGACCGGCACGACAAUACAA